AGUCACAGUAGUGAGGUUUCCUAAAAAAAAUUUCAAUUUUUAAGAAAGAAAAAAUGGUGAAAAUUUUAUCGAUAUUCUCCUGUAUUUUGGCUACAUGGGCGGUGGUAGUCUCGGGUCGUGGUCAUUUUCAUACCACUUCGCCGAUACAAUCUCCUGUAGGGGGUCCUCGCCCUAUAGGCGCACCUACUGUGGAUUGCAUGAGUCUGAUAUAUGAUAUGGCGGAUUGCAUAGCGUAUUUGAGCGUUGAUGGUGGUGAAGAUAAGCCCGACAAAUCUUGUUGCUCUGGAUUCAAGACAAUUUUGGAUACUGAUUCUGAUUGCAUAUGUGUAGCACUGAAGAACAGUGCCAGUUUGGGUAUUGAAGUUAAUAUGACCAGUGCUAGAGCUUUGCCUUCUGCUUGUGGCAUCAAAGCCCCUCCACUUAAUUGCAUCAUGUCCACUUCUCCUGUUCCGUCUCCCGGCACAUCUCCUGUUAAUCCUCCAGCAGUAAAUGCUCCAAAUCCAACAUCUUCAAAUCCCGCUGCCGCUCCGAUACCAGCCGCCAUGACUCCAGCAUCGACAGUCCACUCCGUCCCUGUCGGAGCACCAAGUCCGAUAGCAGCAAGCUCUGGAGGUUAUAGUAUAUGUGCUACCAUAUUAUCAACCCUUUUUAUCAUUCCUCUGUCGAUUUCAUUUUUUAGUAUAUUGGUCUAACCUUUAGUGAUUAACAGAGUGUUAUUUUAUUUUUAUUUUUUUUCAGUAGAAAUUUUUUAUUCUAGUAUUACUCUUAGAUUAUUGGCAAUCUUAUUUUUUGUUACUUCUAAUUAAGAAUAUUGUUGGAUUUAA